GUCGCACGAGAUUGUCCCUGCGGGUCUGCAGAAAGAGUACAGUACAGAAUACAGAUGUGGUAGCAGAGAGUUUGUCGAUUCACCAUUCGACUGCAAAGUGUCACAGACUGGCUUCAGUUGCAUUUACAGUUGAGGCUCGAUUACACUAAGCACUAACGGCCUACGCCUCACCUUUCCCCAGGUUACACAAUAACAGAUACUGAAACCUGAGACGGAAUCAGACACCGCUUCACACGCGAGGGUUUGCACUGUUAUAGAGGCAGUUCAUUGAGAAGCGUUCACUCAUUCAUUCUGGUGCAGAAUUUCAGAUUGCAAACAGCAAGAAAUGGCACAGAAGACUGCACUGAUAGUUUAUGCUCAUCAGAGUCCUUCCUCCUUCAAUGCCGCUGCUCGAGAUGUAGCCGUUCAGGCUCUGACAAAGCAAGGCUACAAAGUCCUUGUGUCAGAUCUCUAUGCUAUGAAAUUCAAAGCUUCAGCUACUGCGGAGGAUAUUAAGGGUGAUUUGCAGAAUCCUGAGCACUUUGUGUACAAUAAUGAGAUGAUGGUUGCAUGGAAAGAUGGUCGAUUAAGUGAUGAUAUUGCAGAGGAGCAGCACAAGGUGGAGCAGGCGGAUCUGAUUAUCUUUCAGUACCCUCUCUACUGGUUUACCGUCCCUGCCAUCAUGAAGGGCUGGAUCGACCGAGUCUUAACUCAAGGAUUUGCCUUCAGCAUGCAGAACAUGUAUGACAACGGCAUUUUCAAGAAUAAGAGGGCCAUGCUUUCCUUCACCACUGGAGGAACGGAGUCCAUGUAUCGGGAUGAUAGCCUUCAUGGAGACAUCAACGUUCUCCUCUGGCCCUUACAGAAUGGAGUGCUGCGUUUCUGCGGGUUCCAAGUCCUCGCCCCUCAGAUCUUCUGGUGUCCCGCAUACACGCCUCCAGAGGGAAGAGCCGCCAUGCUGGAUGGAUGGCGGGAGAGGCUGGGUGGUGUGUUGGAAGAAAAGCCUCUGUCUUUUGCUCCGUCUGAAUAUUUUGACCUCAGCUUCCAAGGAGGAUUUUGUCUCCGGCCUGAGGUUAAAGAGAAGUUGGCUUCUGAACCCUACGGCAUUACCACAGCACAUCAUUUAGGAAAGCCUCUCCCUCCGAACAACCAGACCAAACCUAAACAAAACUAAAGGAUUCAGCUUAGCUACCGAUACAUCACUCAUUACUUCAUAGCAGAAUUAUAAAGCUUUAGGUGAAAUGUGCUCCAGAUCAAAAAUAAUCUAUACUGUCAAUAAUCUAAACUAUACUGUCAACCUGUCAUUUAUGCCUAAUAACUCACAUUAUCUACCAGCAAAUAAGCAAUAUGACCGCUGGGAAAAUCAGCUAAAUGUAAUUUUUCUGAUGUCUCUUGUUAUUUUGGUAGAUAGUUUUACUAAUAUUGGUGUCUUGAUGAAGUAACUUGUCAAAUAAAGAUUCUAAUGCUGUUGUGA